UUUUCCUCUGGACAGGUUUUGAUGAAUCUCCCCUAUAGUGUUUUUAUUUAUUCUUUUUUCUAUACCAUUUUAUUACUUUGUGUAGUAUAUACUGUUUAGGUGGUGCCACAAGGGCCCUGCGACAUCCAUCCUACUGAUUGUAGACUGGUCAUUAAGCCUUCACCUAAAGAAGCACAUCCCAUAAGUAGCCAGGACAUACAGUAGAUCCUAUAAGGUUAUUCCAAAAGAAAAUCUAAAACAAAGAACUGAAUUUUCAUACAACCCAAAAGAAUUUCCUCUUCAAAUAGGAGCAUUGUAUGAGUUACUAAUUUUCCCUGUUGUUUACUAAGUCAAUAACCUGAAUCAGCAGGUUGGCCUUUAUAUAGGCAAUGAGUUGCACUUUUCUUCUGGAUGUCACUCUCCAUUCUCCAUCCAGGUGAUUGGUUUAGUUCGAUAUCAGGGAAGAUGACUUACUUCAAAGUCCUUGCUGUACUGACAGCUGUUCUUGUUUUCUCUGAUACAGUCCAGUGGGCACAUGCUUCACCUGGGGAAGCUUUUUCCAAGUGUGCACUAAUGGUCAAAGCACUGGAUGCUGUACGAGGAAUCCCAGCAGCUAAACUCUCUGUAAGGACUUACAGGCAGAAGGAAGACAAGAGCUGGGAUUUGCUUUCUACAAAAGUAACAUCUGAAGAAGGAGAAAUCCAUAAUGUCAUCAGCGAAGAAGAUUUUGGGGAAGGAGUUUAUAAGCUAGAAUUUGCCACUAAGCGUUAUUGGAGCAAGCUUGGACUUUCCCCAUUUCAUGAAUAUGUUGAUGUGGUGUUUACUGCUAAUGACGCCGGUCACCGUCACUACACCAUCGCCGUGCUCCUUACUCCUUAUUCCUUCUCCACAACCGCUGUGGUCAGUGAGCAAGUGGAGGCCCAUGUAUAACUUAUAUGUAGUUUCACCUAUAUGCACAUUUUACAUGAUAUUUUGUAGGUAACAUUAUUUUUUUUUAUCUUUUCAAAACAAUCUGAUGUCCAUUAUGUUAACUUCAAUUUUGAAUAAAGUUUGAAUA